AUGAGGCUGUUGAACGCUCAUUCUUCUUCCACAUCGUGGCUCACCACCAUCUCACUCCUAGGUACUCUGUAUCCAGCCUCUACCUUCUCUCAAAACACCACCACCGGCGCCGAAAUUGUCCAAGGAUCCCUCCGAAUCUACGGCAACGACUCCUACCCCAUAACUCAGCGGCGACCUCUUCCCCUCGAUGCCGCCCGCGGUCGUUACCCCGGCUUCAAGCAGGAGAACCUGACCUUCAAAGCCGGCACCAUCCGUCGCGAUGGCGCACUCACUCUGCCCUGCGAUAUGAUCUUCGAGCGCGACGUUCCCCUCACCUUACGCGACGGUGUCACAGUCUAUACCGAUAUCUUCCGUCCCACGACCACCAACGCGACUUUCCCCAGCAUCAUCUCUUGGAGCUCCUACGGAAAGGAGAUCGGCGGCCAAUGGCUCGACGACGUCCAGGGUCGGUCCGGUGUCAACCUGUCGUCCGUCUCUGAGUUGCAGAAGUUUGAGGGCCCGGACCCAGCCUACUGGGUGUGCAAGGGCUAUGCGAUCCUCAACCCGGACAAUCGCGGUGCCUACUCUUCCGAGGGCAACAUCACAUACUGGGGACGUCAGCUGGGCGAGGACGGAUACGAUUUCGUGGAAUGGGCUGCUGAGCAGACGUGGAGCUCUGGCAAGGUUGCCAUGUCUGGCAACUCAUGGCUGGCGGUGUCGCAAUGGUUCAUUGCAGCCGAGAACACGCCUCACCUGACGGCGAUAGCUCCAUGGGAGGGUCUCACGGAUCUGUACCGCGACACUGCCGUCAGAGGUGGUAUCUCAGCACCCGGUUUCCAGGAGUCGACUCUUACCACUUUUGCCGGCAAGGGAUUUGUUGAGGACGUUCCACGGACGGUUUUCUCCGAAGGACUUAUUACCCCGUAUUGGCAAGACAAAAUUGCAUCGCUGGACAAGGUCAGUAUCCCGGCAUACAUCGUGGCUAGCUACACCAAUGUUCUUCAUACCCAUGGCUCGUUCGAAGGAUUCCGACAUAUUUCCUCCGAGGAGAAGUGGCUUAGGGUACACAACACGCAAGAAUGGACCGACUAUUACACCCCGGAAUAUGUGGCCGACCUCCAGAACGUCCGCCUUGCUGUUCUGGAUCCUGGGUCUGAGGAUACUGCCGAUCGCGUUGUCGCGGACUGCCCAGUCCCGGGGCUCGAAUCAAAGACCCUCUACCUGCAACCCAACAAUUCACUUGGCGAGUCCUCUCCAUCUAACGAAGCCACCCUCAGCUACAACAGAAGCACGGCUUCCGGCAUUACUCUCAACUUUCAGGUCCCCGAGACCAUAGAGUUGACCGGUUACUCCAAGCUCCGACUCUGGGUGUCCUCUCCCGAUGCUACCGACAUGGAGAUCUCCGUCUCCGUGCAGAAGCUCUCUUCCAAUGGCACCGCAUUUCCCAGCACCCGUAGUGAAAGCUCCAGCACGAUCGGCCCGACCGGAACCCUGCGCGUCUCGCAGCGUGAACUAGACACUGAGCGUUCCACGGACUACGAGCCCUUCUUGCUACACACUUCGGAGAAGCUUCUGUCACCAGGGGAGAUCGUCCCCGUGGACAUCCCUCUCUGGCCCUUCGCUCUCAGGAUCCAUGCUGGUGAGCUGCUCAGCUUGAACAUUGCCCCGGCCUCCAUCAUCACCGCGCAGGCCGAUGUUGGCUUUGGCACGGCAAUUGUGCCUGUGCCUGCUACGGGAGGCACAUUCGAGCCGGGUCAGAAUGUUUCGUUGAUUGAGCUGGGAGGUGGUAUGGAUUCUAAUCCGGCCUUUGUGAAUGAGCAGAGGGUUGAGACGCCCGUGAGCCGCAACAUGGGCAUGCACUUCAUCCAUGUCGGCGGAAAGUACGACAGAUUGCUAUUGUUCCCAGUCAAUAGCACCACUAAAGCGACUGAAAUCUGCAAGUAG